AUGCACACGCGUUCUAAGGGUCCACCUUUAGAGCCCAUCGAUCCCGAGAUCGAAGCAUCCAACAGAAAGAGGAACGCGCAGAGAAGGUUAAACCAAAGGAUUCGGGUAUCUUCACCCGUUCAUAGGAGUCCACCUUCUCCUAUCCAGAGAACUCCAUCACCCAGUCCAUCUCCACUUCCAUCACCUAUAGAGUACGAGGCUCAUUCGCCAAUUCUAAUGGAUCACGACGGGGAGAACAACAAUGAGGAUCCUACCAUUCGUGAACUCCGUCUGCAGCUGGCGGCCAUGCAGAGGCAAUUGGAUGAGCAGAAUGUGAGGCCGGUGCCCGUGCAAAAUCAAUUUGCCUACAGACAAGUUGCUAAUCCACCAGUCAACAAUGCGGGGAUAGCAGCCAACAGCUUUGAAUUGAGGGCGGGGUUGAUAGACAGGGCAGAAGCAAAUGCAUUCGGUGGGACAGGCUCAGAAGAUGCCAACAAGCACCUCACCAAGUUUAUACAAAUCAGCAAUACAGUGAAGGCGAACGGGGUCACAGAUGAGCAAGUCCGCCUCAGAUUAUUUCCAUUCUCUCUGAAAGAUGAUGCAAGGGACUGGUAUGACAGCAUGAGUCCUAACUCCGUGCCUACAUGGGAUGCAAUGGUGGAGCUGUUCUUGGAGAAGUACUAUCCACCUAGUGAAGCACUCAAACGCCAAGCUGAGGUCAUUCAAUACAAGAUGCACCCUCAGGAGAAUAUCAUGGAGGCUUGGAAAAGGUUCAAGCAGCUGAUGAGAAGAUGCCCCAAUCACGGGCUAACUCCGGGACAACAGAUCUUAACCUUCUAUAGGGGAGGCACGCUGGAAGCAAUGCGUGAACUAAACAUGAGCGCCGGAGGAUCUCUCUUGAAAUUGGGGGAAGCUGAAGCACUUGAAGUGAUUGAGAGGGUGGCUUCAAAUGAUGAUGGAUGGAGAAACGACAGAGGCAAAUCAUAUAGGGUGGCAUCCACCUCCGAUAAUGAUAGGAUUGAUGCAAUAUCCAAGCAGCUGGAAUUCAUAACUGACAAGCUUGGGUACAUGGGAACGAGUCAAGUUGGGACUGAGAUGCAAGUCGAAGAUGUGAACUACGUUCAUCAAGGUGGCAACAACAGAAAUUUCAACAAUUACCGCCCCAACCAAGGAGGAGGCAAUUACAACCACUAUGGGAACAAGGUGCAUCCUAACUUGUCUUACGGGAACCCGAAUAAUGCCCUGCAACCACCACCCGGAUUCCAGGUAUCAAACGGCCAAAUCGUAGAAGCGAAGAAGGAUGAGCUGAAAGAUGUGCUAAUGGCCUUUAUGAAGCAAACGGGAGAGUGCAUGAAGGACUCCAACAAACGGCUAGUGCAGGUUGAAGCUAAUGUGAAUGACCUGAAUAUUCACAUGAAGAGCAUCGAUAACCAGAUGAGCCAGAUUUCACAGGCCGUGGGUAUUCAGCAUCAACCGGGCCACUUUCCGUCACAAACGGUUGUAAAUCCUAAAGACUUUAAGGAUUGCAAGGCUAUCAAUCUUAGGAGUGGAAAGAGCUAUGAAGGCCCAGCCAUGCCUACAGAGAAGGAGGGGAUCUCCAGAGAAGAGACAGUUGUAGAAGAGGUGGUAGAAGAAGAUGAAGCAGUGGAAGAGGUGCCGCUUCCUAAGGCGAGUACCGUGAUACCUGCACCCCCUGCUGAGGUUAAGAUUCCCUUCCCACAGCGCGUGCAGAAGAAGAAACUAGAUGAUCACUUCUCUAGGUUUCUUGACAUAUUCAGGAAGGUGCACAUCAACAUUCCGUUGGUAGAGGCGUUACAGCAAAUGCCUAGCUAUGCAAAAUUUUUGAAGGAAGUGAUCUCCAAGAAGCGGCGGUGGGUGGAGCACGAGACCGUCAACCUGACAGAGAAAGAGGGGUCUAAACCCAAAGCUCAAAACCAAAGGAGACUUAACCCAAUAAUGCAAGAUGUUGUUAGGAAAGAGGUGUUGAAGUGGUUAGAUGCUGGGAUUGUCUAUGCAAUAUCGGACAGUGAUUGGGUAAGUCCUACCCAAGUGGUAGCUAAGAAGGGGGGAAUGACAGUAGUAAAAGGGGGAGAUGAUGAAAUGAUAGCCACUAGGUUGGUGACCGGGUGGAGAGUAUGCAUAGAUUAUAGAGCCCUCAAUGCUGCGACUAGGAAAGACCAUUUUCCCCUCCCAUUCAUUGACCAGAUGUUAGAUAGGUUGGCAGGGUAUGAGUAUUAUUGCUUUCUAGAUGGCUACUCCGGAUAUAAUCAGAUCUUGAUUGCCCCAGAGGAUCAGUAUAAAUCUGCUUUUAUUUGUCCUUAUGGUGUUUAUGCUUUCAGGAGAAUGUCAUUUGGCCUUUGCAAUGCCCCAGCUACCUUUCAGAGGUGUAUGAUGUCCAUCUUUCACGACAUGGUGGAAGACAUUAUGGAAGUAUUUAUGGACGACUUCUCCGUCUAUGGUAGCUCCUUUGAUCAUUGUUUAGAAAAUCUAACCCGUGUUUUGCAGAGGUGUGAAGAAACAAACUUGGUGCUUAACUGGGAGAAGUGCCAUUUUAUGGUGAGAGACGGUAUUGUGCUUGGGCACAAGAUCUCUGCAGGAGGACUCGAGGUGGACAGGGCCAAGAUCGUGGCGAUUGAGCAGUUGCCACCACCAUCCAAUGAGAAGGCUGUGAGGAGUUUCCUUGGACACGCCGGGUUUUACAGGCGUUUUAUUAAGGAUUUCUCUAAGAUAGCAAGGCCCUUAUGUAAUUUACUUGCCAAGGAUGUUAAGUUUGAAUUUUCUCUUGAAUGUGUGCAGGCAUUCGAGACAUUGAAGAAGGCGCUUGUGAGUGCGCCCGUGCUCAUCUCACCGGAUUGGUCACAGCCGUUCGAGAUAAUGUGUGAUGCAAGUGACAUAGCCGUGGGAUCGGCUUUGGGGCAGAAAAGAGACAAGGUAUUCAGGGUGAUCUACUAUGCAAGCCGAACACUGGAUCCGGCACAGGCAAAUUAUACUACUACAGAAAAGGAGAUGUUGGCGGUUGUAUACUCGUUCGACAAGUUCCGUCCCUACCUCAUCGGGGCGAAGACUAUUGUGUUCACAGACCAUGCCGCCAUCCGCCACCUCUUUGCCAAGGUGGAUGCCAAGCCAAGGUUGAUAAGAUGGGUCCUUCUACUGCAAGAAUUUGAUUUAGAGAUCCGGGACCGGAAGGGAUGCGAGAAUGUGGUGGCUGACCACUUAUCAAGAUUGGAGCACUGUUUUGAAGGUGAAAAUCUGAAGGUGCCCAUCAAUGAAGAAUUCCCCGAUGAGCAUCUUUUCUUUGCUCAAGGCUCAUCUCCGUGGUACGCCGAUAUUGUGAACUUUUUGGUGGCAAGAGUCAUCCCUGAAGAGUACAAGGCAUAUCAAAAGAAGAAGUUCUUUCACGACGUCAAGUUCUACUUUUGGGACGAGCCGUUCUUGUUUAGGCGAUGUGCCGACAUGGUGAUAAGAAGAUGCAUUCCCGAAGAUGAAUGGGAACUUGUGAUGAGGAAGUGCCACUCUACAAAUGGUCAAACGGAGCUAGCUAAUAGAGAGAUAAAGGGGAUACUUGAGAAGACGGUGAAUGCUAAUAGGAAAGAUUGGUCUAUGAAGCUCGAUGAUGCUCUUUGGGCGUAUAGAACGGCGUACAAGACGCCGAUUGGCAUGUCACCAUAUCAAUUGGUGUUUGGCAAAUCUUGCCAUCUUCCCGUGGAGCUAGAACAUAAGUCGUAUUGGGCGGUGAAGCAAUUCAAUGCCGACUACUACAAAGCGGGGAAGGAGAGACAACUCCACCUUAACCUUCUCGACGAGUUUAGAAAUGAGGCAUUUGAGAACUCUUCCAUCUAUAAGGAGCGUCUCAAAAACUAUCAUGACAAGAUGAUCGAGAAGAGGGAGUUCUUCCCGGGGGAUUCCGUGCUACUCUUCAAUGCACGAAUGAAGCUCUUUCCCGGAAAACUCAAGUCCAAGUGGUCCGGACCGUUCAAGGUGAAAACGGUGAUGAAGAAUGGAGCCAUAGAACUUCAAGGAGAUGAUGGAAGAGUUUUCACGGCCAAUGGCCAAAACCUGAAGAAGUUCCAUAGCUAUGAGCAAAAGGAGGAGGUGUUCGUGCUUACCUUGGAACGCGCCCAAUGA